AUGUCACGGGUCGUGCUUCGAAGACCUCUCCUGGCGCAUCUGACAGGCUGUAGCUUCCUGGCGCAGGUUGAACGAGGUUCUGCUCCCCUGGCGCAACUGGGCUCCUGGUGCAGGUCGUUCAGCCGCAGUAUGUACGCUAAUGCUGAGCUCACAAUUCCUCCACCCCCGGCCCUCCUGCAACCUCUUGUUGUCCCCAAAAAACUACUGCUGGGACCCGGACCCUCGAACAUCUCCACUCGUGUCCAAGAGGCGGGUGGCAAGCAAAUAAUUGGGCACAUGCACGUCGAAAUGUUUGAGAUUAUGGACACGAUAAAAGCUGGAAUACAAUAUGCCUUUCAGACCACAAACAGCAUGACUCUGGCAAUCAGUGGCUCUGGCCACGCAGCGAUGGAAGCAGCCUUAGUUAACGUGGUGGAACCAGGCGAUGUGGUGCUGAUUGGAAUUCACGGUGUGUGGGGUGAAAGGGCAGCAGACAUUGCUGAGAGAAUUGGUGGCGAUGUCAGGAGAUUUGUUAAACCUCCGGGUGAAAUGUUCACCUUGCAAGAAAUUGAGCAGGCUCUGGUGCAGCACAAGCCAAUUUUGUUUUUCAUCACGCACGGGGAGUCCUCCUCAGGUGUAGUUCAGGAAAUGGAUGGGAUAGGACCUCUCUGUCAUAAGCAUAACUGUUUGCUGCUGGUUGAUUCUGUUGCUUCUCUUGGAGGGGUCCCUCUCUACAUGGAUAAGCAGGAUAUUGACAUCCUUUACUCAGGAUCCCAGAAAGUCCUCAACUGUCCUCCUGGAACUGCACCACUUUCGUUUAAUGACAAAGCCUGCCAGAAAAUAUUUAAUCGGAGGAAGAAACCUACUUCUCUGUACCUCGAUAUGAGUUGGCUCUCUAACAUCUGGGGCUGUGAUGGGAGCCCAAGAAAAUACCAUCAUACGACCCCCAUCACGGGCCUUUUUGCAUUGAGAGAGGCGCUUGCAAUUCUUGCAGAACAGGGCCUUGAGGAAUACUGGAAACUUCACCAGGAGAAUGCGGAGUACCUGCACAAAGGGAUAGAGGACUUGGGAUUAAAACUCUUCGUAAAGGACAAGGCCAUUAGAUUGCCCACAGUUACGACAAUUGCAGUACCAGAAGGCUAUGAGUGGAAAGACAUCACUGAUUUCAUCAUGAAUAAAUAUCAGAUUGAAAUCACUGGGGGUCUGGGGCCUACUAUUGGAAAGGUUUUGCGGAUUGGAUUAAUGGGCAUCAACUGUACAAAAGCAAAUGCAGACCUUGUGCUCAGAGCUCUGAAGGAUGCCCUUGCACAGUGCAAGAAAAGCAAGCACUGA